AUGGAGACCAUAUAUCUCAUUCUCGGCCUUUUCAUUAUUUUCAUGGUUGGACGGGCUGUCUUCGCGGAUCGCUCACCCAUCCCCGAGACCUCAGGCAAAGUGAACAAAAUCUCACAGGCUUCAGAGCUGAACAGCGUCCUCACCUCAAACAAACAUGUCGUAGUAGAUUUCUACGCCGACUGGUGCCCGCCGUGUCGUGCCAUUGCCCCGGUCUUUUCCUCCCUCGCUGACAGGCACGCUUCCGCUGGUCAUCUUGCUUUUGCAAAGGUCAAUACCGAUCAUGUCAAGGAUGUUGCUUCCAAGUAUGGAAUCUCGGCUAUGCCGACUUUUGUCUUCUUCACAGAUGGUGUGCCCAAGGGUGUUGCUGUUGAGGGCUUGCCCAGUGGGCAUUCGGUCAAUGUGAAUCAGAAUGGACUUGUUGAUAGAAUUAGGGGCGCGGAUCGUCGGGCUUUGGAGGCUGUUGUCAAGGCUUUGGCUGCUUCGCAGUAG